AUGGCCGUCCACACACAGGCAUUUUGGGCUAACUCGACUCCCUCCCUCCACUCACAGCCUCUCAAUGCUUCUACCGCAAACCCCAACGCAGCCACUGCUGCCAUCUCAGCCUUUACCCGUCGCGAGUCAAGCACUGCCUCUCUGAGCGCUGCCGCCGCCGCCGCCGCCCUCAAGGCUCGUCCCACGACUCCUACAAACGUCGCAGAGGUCCAGACGAAGAGGAACACACGGAGGAGUGCGUCGCGGUCAUCGUCCAUCGGAAGGACCACGCCCGACACUCCGGCCCGGCCAGGAGGGCAGCUUAGGAGACAGGGCAGCUCGGGGUCCAUGACAGAGCGCACCUUUCGAUCGCCGUCGCCAGGUGCACACACACAGAGAUCCCUAAGCAGUGGCGGAGUGCCGAGGAACUCGUAUCACUCCGACGAGAUGGCGCCGCCGGUGCCAGCCAUACCGGAGAGCGUCAACAUGCAGGCGGCCAAGGCGAGGCAGAAGCCAAAGAGUCUCGGGAUAGUUACUGCGCCCGUGAGAACGGCAUCGCAGAAGGCCAAGGGAUCCGGGGGAACGUGGUUCGGUGCGGCAAAGACGGGCGACCCAACAAAUAUCAGGACUUCAGAUGCGAUUAUGUCGACAUCGCCGACGGCACCGACCCAGGCACAGGCACAAACACAUGCGCAACCCCGCGAGAGCUUGGAGAGGCCGGGCAGUCGUGGGUCGUCGGUCAACUUCUCGUAUCCUGCACGCAUCCGCAGCCCAACCUUCGCAAGGCCUGACGAAUCAUCACAGCCGCCGGCUUCUGUAGCCGAACCUCGCGCGAAACCCAAGAAGAGGAGCUCGACGAUGUCGCCGCCACGCGGAGGCUCGGUCAGGUCGGCACGGUCUUCCUCAGUAGCCUCGGAUCAGACACUUGUCUAUGACCCAAACUCUAGGAGGAUGGUACCGCAAGCAUCCCUUGAAGCUGUCGAACAGAGGGUUCAGUCAGCUUCUGAAUCCAGACCGAAGAAGAAGAAGCAAGCUCCCGUUCGGACUGGCUCGCAUCUGGCUAAGGGUACUGUCAGUAGGGCCCAGGGCAGUGCAGUGGGAUCGAGUUCUGCGAACGCCGCACAGGUGGCUGCGGCUACGUCGUUGCGAUCACGUCAAGCCGAAGAACGACAAAGUACGCCUCAAGAACCAGAAUAUCAGGACGACCAAUUUACACGAGAAACCGUUUCCACUCCUCCGCGACCAACUAGUAUUCAGCAAGGGGCGGGCAACACGCCACCGCAAACUCAGUAUGUACAAAUAUCAGCGUCGCCUGCUUCUAAUGCGCCAGAAGUGGCUCCUGCCCCACAGUCCCCGAGUACCGACCUACCUCCGACCGGUCUGCACAGGAAGCCUUCUAUGGUGAGAGAGGAGUCGGAGUCGGAAGAUUUGGAGUCUGAGGCUGAGCUCGAAGCGCCGGGCCCAUCAACGCCACCGAAAGCCUCUGCUGCUCUUGAUUCUGUCCCUGCUCGACAAAAUGUUUACGUUCAUGGCGUCCCGUCUCCACCUCGGAGCGACCUCACAGAAGAUGUACCGGUCGAACCAACCCGUCUGCCUCCUCCGAUACCUACCAAGGACCUCACAGAAGAUGCACCGAUUCAACCAACCCGUUCGCCUCCUCCAAUACCUUCCGAGCUUGCUGCAGCUCUGCCCUCCUCGUCGUUGGAGCCAUCACCCGCCACUUACGAUGGAAAGGAAGUGGUCACCAAAUCGCGAGAAAUGCAAGACAUCCGACGCGACUCUAGGACUCAAUCAAAGAGCCCCGUUCGCAACGCCCGCUUUGGGCCGGUAUCAGACAGCUUGACUGUACGACAUGAGCCUCCGCCAAGAUCAAUCUCGCCAAGGAAGUCUGCCUUGAAGCACCAGAGCCCUCCUCGUGGCGCAUCUCCCGCAGAGGUCGCUUCGGACGGGUCCGAGGCUGGUUUUCCUUCUCAAGAGCAGGUAUUGCCUCGAAAGAAGUCGGUCCGUGUCAGCUUCGAUGACAGCAAUACGGUCGUCGUGGCCGAUGCCGCUGGGAGGGCUGACACAGACAGUCCGCUUCCACCAAGCCCUCAAGUUGCCAGCAGGCGUCCAUGGUACAGCAGUCUUGGGAUAGGCAAGAAGAAGGAUGCAAUACCAUUGGAGGAGGAUGAGGUCAUGAAGCCUAGACCCAUGCUACCCACAUUCGGUAGUGUGAGAGGCAGGAAACAAACAUCUAAAGAACCUGAAGAGCGUCCACUUGUCAGGCCUCACGAGCCAUUCCAUGAGGAAACGGAACCAGUUAGUCCGGAGUCUCUUGAGAGAGGGAAUGAUACUGUGGGCCAAUCUAGCGACCAUGCUCUGGGCGCAAUGAUCCAAGAGCAGGAACCCAAGAAUGAGGCUAACACUUCCAAGUUCCGAGAGCCGUUGCCGCCUGUGGUCACAUCCGUCGAGGGCAGCGGCUAUGCCUCGGAUACAGCGAGCGACGAUAGUGAUGCUGCCUUGAUGGCGGAUACGCCGAGGCUGCAGGCCGACGAGAGCCGGGUCAGUGAGGCCUCGACGCUGGUGCCUGACUGGAAACCCUCAAAUGGCUCAGCAUAUGAGCGAGCAGGCGGCGAGCAGGUUCCCAGCGAUGCUAAGGACUUUGCCGGACAGUCAAACAAUGUGCCUGCGGAGGUUCCUGCUAUUUCUAUCACCCAGCCUAGCCCACAUCUUGUUGAGACGGAGCAAGAUGGAGCUUCUUAUCGCUUCCCAGGCGAGUUCCCAGAAACGGACGUCGAGUCGGAUGCCGAGUACAAGGCCCAGGCACAUGAUCCAACAUCAUCAAACUCGUCUGCGCCCGCCCGACAAGCGACGUUUGAGCCAGUGGUGCAGACAGAGGACACAAUAGCCACAGCGCAUACUCCUAGUACUGUUCUGGCCACUAAGCCAGCCGCCCAGGAGCUCACAGAUGAGUCAGAUGGCGAUAGCGUUUACAGCGAUGCCUACGAGGAUCCGUUAGACCUCGAGCGUGAGGGUUUUCAGUCACUGGACGCUGUUAUCGAGAGCCCUCUGCCACGUGAGAAUGAGAAUGAACAGGCACAGGUCGCGGAAUACUCGACACCAAAUCUGCCACAAAAGGCGCCCGGACACGAGACAGCGGCGAUUGCCCAGAUACAAAAGGAAGGAAUCGUCGGGCCUCAAGACAACUGGGAGGCUGCAAAGGCGUACUGGAGGAGCCUGACCGCUGAUAAACGGGCCCAGCUUGAAAAGGAAGCGGCUGAAGAGGCUGGUGCAGAGGGUGACCUUGAGGAUGUUAAACCAGAAGUGAAAAAGCCGAGAACGAAGAAGUCAACAGAAAAGAGAAACUCGGAGAAGAAGGUAAUCGAGGAGCAGAGAGCGGUCGUUAAUCCGGAACGGACUUACAUGGUCAAGCCGGGCACCAAAGCGGAGAACUUUAGUACAGCGGAGCAAUCGACGCCCCGUGGUAAACAGGCCUCUGGAAAAGGGGAAGCGAGUACAAAGCUGCGCAAGACCAUGCGGUCUCCGGUUAAUAACGCCGCCCAACUCCCCGCCGCCCAGCCCGCCGAGUCUGGAACCCGGAUGCGCAAAUCCCUACGUUCAGAUGCACCAGGUCGGUCGGCUGCAACGCCACAGCGGCCAGCAACUUCUCAACCCGCUCUUGGUAUAACCACCGAAAUCACCGGGCCGAACAGGCACUCGCGCACUGUCUCGGAGCCCGAAGGCAGGUCCAGUGUUACUUCACCCACCCUGCGCCGUCGCGGCUCAGACUCCAGUGUAAGCAGUUUCAAGCGUUCGAGACCUGCGAGUCAAGGAUUUUUCCGCAAGAGCAUGAGAACAGGCGAACCAGAAGAUACCACGCGGGACAGACAGCCAAGCCGCUUGUCUCUGCGGUCCAUGUCCCCCGGCGGAGGCGGCGGGCCCUCCCUACGCGGGCAGCCUCCAGUCACCAUGGAUGGCAAGAUGCGGACAACACUCCGCGGCGGUCCGCCCGCCAAUAAGCGCCGAAGCUCGCAGGACUCCGGGAAGGGCUAUUUGCGCUUCUCCGGUUCCUUUGGGCACAAGGCUAAAAGCAAGAAUGGAUCUCGUUUUGGCGAUGAUUCAAGUGAUGAAGACGAGGCGGAUGUGCCGCGUCGGUUUUCAAGCCGAUUCGACGACUCCAGCGACGAGGAAAUCGCUCCCGAACCGCUUCCAUCUUUGAGCAUCCCCAAGACGAUGCGUGGUGCCAGAUCGCGCAACACCAUGCCGAGCCCGCCGCUCCCUGAGGAGGAAGAAUUUUCUGACGAACAAGAACCUCUUGCAGGCGAUGGGGACGACAAAUCGCAUCGCGUGGUUUCUGGCCCAGCUUCCAUUUCACAUACACAGACCGAGCCUGGCGUCAAACGCAGCCGCUCCGGCCGUGGUUCCCUGCCCAGGGCUGAUGACGGAGUGGGACGCCCCGCACGGCGCAGCUUCAUGUCGUCGGUCCUGCGGCGGAAUAAGGGCAACGGUGCGAUCUCCCGCCCUGAGCGGAAGGAGAGCGCGGCAAGGGCGGACACCAACCUGGAGAGGUCAGCGAACGAGCUGAAAGCUCUAAGGUCUAAUAGUUCGCGCGAUAGGGCAGACAGUGGGGCUACGUGGCCGCUGGACGAGGAAGGGCCGGAGCGUGACGCCGUUGAGGUGGAGACCGGCGAACGCGACGAUGUGAAAGGCGCACAGAUCAUCAACGGUGGCAGUGUUGUAAACGGCCAGAGGAGCCCCAGUGUACUGGGCCAUUCGAAGUCACAGCCGGCCCUGUCGCGCCCAUCGUUCCUGCAGCGGCGGACGAUUUCGCAUCAAGGCACGAUCGAUACUGACAUCAUCGGGAGCGAGGUCGGCGGCAGAAAGAAGAAGAGGUUUUCAGCAUUGAGGAAGAUGUUCAAGCUUGAUGAAUAG